AUGGCCGACGACGCGCAGCAUGAGCACACCUUCGACAGCGCCGAUGCCGGUGCUUCCCAGACCUACCCCAUGCAGUGCUCUGCUCUGAGGAAGAACGGUUUCGUCGUCAUCAAGAACCGCCCUUGCAAGAUCGUCGAAAUGACCACCUCCAAGACCGGCAAGCACGGUCACGCCAAGGUCCAUUUGGUCGCCAUCGACAUCUUCACUUCCAAGAAGCUUGAAGAACUCUGCCCCUCCACCCAUAACAUGAACGUCCCCAACGUUCGCCGCCAGGAGUACCUCCUCGUCGACGUCUCUGAGGAUGGUUUCCUUUCCCUCAUGUCCGACGACGGUUCCACCAAGGACGAUGUCAAGCUUCCCGACGGCGAAGUUGGCGACAAGAUCCACAAGCUCUUCACCGAGGACGGCAAGGACACCAGCGUUAUUGUCCUCACUGCCAUGGGUGAGGAGUCCGCCAUCGAUGCUAAGGAGGCUCCCAAAUAA